GAGACAGUCAUAGAGUGCAGUGGCAGUGCAUGAAGGGGAUUUGGGCUCAGAGUGCCCGGGCAAGGCGGGCAGGGUGUGUGGGUCAGAUUGCCAAGUUUAGGGUCAGAGUGCCCGGCAGUGCUUGUGGGUCAGAGUGCCCAGUUUGGGGUCAGAGUGCCCGGCAGUGCAUGUGGGUCAGAGUGCCCAGUUUGGGGUCAGAGUGCCCGGCAGUGCUUGUGGGUCAGAGAGCCUAGUUUGGGGUCAGAGUGCCCGGCAGUGCUUGUGGGUCAGAGUGUCCAGUUUGGGGUGUUUACAUUGCACAGACAUGUUGGUGAUGCUGGCUGCCUGGAUUCUGUGGGGGAGCCUGGAAAUAUCAGAGAGUACACCGACGGCGCAUGAGAUCAGCCAAGGAGUGGACUGGCUAACGCGCUAUGGCUACUUACCUCCACCGGACCCAUACUCUGCCCAGCAGCAGACAUUAGAUGGCUACAGGAAUGCUUUGAGAAUUAUGCAAAAGUUUGCAGGUCUACCGGAAACUGGGGAACUAGAUGACAAGACGUAUGAUAUGAUGAAGAAACCUCGGUGCUCGCUUCCUGACGUUAUUAUGGCGUCUGAUAUUCCACGGCGUCGCAGGAAAAGAUACGCCUUCACUGGGACUUCGUGGCAGAAAAGAGAGCUGACAUGGAGGGUAGAAAGUUUUCCAGACACAUUGACGCAAGAUACUACAAGAACUCUGAUUGACAGCGCCCUGUAUGCUUGGAGCAGGGAGACACAGCUCAGAUUUACUGAGACAGGUGGGGAGGCCGAUCUGCGUGUGGCUUUCUUGGGAGGCUCCCAUGGAGAUGGAUAUCCAUUUGAUGGCCCAGGAGGAACCCUAGGACAUGCUUUUUUUCCAGGAGUGGGGCCCAGUUCUGGAGAUGCCCACAUGGAUGCUGAUGAGCAUUGGACGUACAAUGCAGGUGACAAGGGCACAGAUCUCUUUGCUGUUGCGGUUCAUGAGUUUGGACAUUCGUUGGGGCUGUCUCAUUCUUCUGCUCAGGAGUCCAUAAUGAAACCAUAUUAUCAGGGUACAGUGGGCGACCACCGCCGUUAUAGACUCCCACAAGACGAUGUUGAGGCAAUCCAGAUUCUGUAUGAUUCCUAUCCAGGGGCUCCAUCUCUGCCAAGGCCAACUCAACACACAAUUCCCUCACAAGGUCCAACCUACAGGCCUCGCCAUCCUUUCCUAAAUCGCUGUUCUACCAACUUCGAUGCCAUUGCCAAUAUUAGAGGAGAGGUGUUCUUCUUCAAAAAUAAAUAUUUCUGGCGAGUACAGGCUUCCGGACAGUUAAUCUCCCUCUCGCCCGCACACAUCAGUCGUUUUUGGCUGGGGUUGCCACACGACCUUGACAGACUGGAUGCAGUGUAUGAACGAGCCAACGACAGCAGAAUUGUGUUCAUUGCAGGAAGCUCAUACUGGGUGUUCCAAGACACCAAAGCCCUUCCUGGGUAUCCACGCCCAAUCUCAGAUUUUGGACUGGGUGCAGAUGGAAUCGAUGGGGUUUUCGUCUGGACUCAUAACCGCAAAACAUACUUCUUCCGGGGACACAAAUUCUGGAGAUUUGAUGAUGAUAAAAGACACCCAGACCCUGGUUAUCCACUUGACAUAAGACUGUGGCAGGGACUAUCCUCAGAAGUGGAUGAUGUCAUCAGUGGAGAAAAUGGCAGCACCUAUUUCUUUAAAGGCUCUCAGUACUGGAAGUUCCAGGAUGGAAAGAUGGAGGCUGAGCCUGGAUACCCUCGGAGUACUGCACUGUACUGGAUGUACUGCCCUUCUACAACUCAGCCAAAACCCACCGAAAUCUCAGAGGGACGGGACCAGAGAGACUGCAACUGUAACUGCCCUAUUGAAAGGAAUUCUGCAUUUACGAUUUGCAGAGGUGGGGUCACAUGGCUACCUAUGCUACUGUUGGUAUUUCUGCAUUGAGGACAAUAUUAUAUAGCCUGGCCCACAACUUUCAAUUCCUCCUUCCAAAUCAAGAUUGUACAUAAUACAGUUAAAGAAAGUAAAUAAGACAAUCAUUAAACAAAGGACAAACUGAGUGCAUCUCACUUUUCACAAAACCUCAACAAAUCCGGCUAGAAAUUGUGUUAUGGGCCCUCUUGCCCGAUCUUUUAUUGACAGAAUUCUUGCUGUACAGAUUACAAAAAAAAAAAAAAAAAAGGUGGGGGGAGAAAUAAAA